CUCACCACCACCUCCUCCUGUGUCCAGUGCCACUGCCGCUCUGCGCCAUGCAGUCACUCGCGCUGUCGCAGAAGCUGCGCUCGCUGGCGCUGCUGCCGCGGCUCACCGCCACCGCGCAACCGCCGCCACACUGCUGCCGCUGCGGCGCCUCCACCUCGCGCGCCCUCAGCUCGUCGGCCAGCGCGGCAAAGGCAAAGGUCGGCAGCUUCCGCAAUGCAAAGUGGGACGCCAAGGAGGUCGAGCGCGCACGCCUGGCGCCCAUGGUCGAGAAGAAGAAGGAGCGCGACACGAAGCGCCGCGGCAAGCUCAUUGAGCGCCUCGCCGCGCAGGGCAUCGAAUACCAGCCCGGCUUGCGCCGCAAGCACGACGAGCAGGAGGAGCAGGACGACGAAGAGGCGCCGCCGCCGCCGACGUUCCUGCCGCGGCCCAAGAAGAAGGCGCCGGAUCCGAGCGAGCCGAAGCUCGGCAAGCUGCCCAAGGCGCAGCUCGGCAAGAAGACGCCCGUCGUGCCCUCCACACUCGCCUUGCCGCCGUACAUUACGGUGGCGCACCUGGCGAAGGCAUUGGGCAUGCGGAUGCGCUCGCUGCAGGCAACCAUGUCCAAGUCCGGCUUCACUGAUCUGCGGCCCGACUUGCUGCUCAGCUUCGACGACGCCGCGCUGCUGUCCGCCGAGUACGGCAUGGACGGCGUGCCGCUCGAUGCCUCCUCUGCCGACUACGACAUCUACCCGACGCCGCCGCUCGCUGCCGAGCAGCGCUCCGGCGCGCCACUGCGGCCACCAGUCGUGACCAUUAUGGGGCACGUCGAUCACGGCAAGACGACGCUGAUGGACAAGCUGCGGAGCGCCAGUGUGGCCGCCGGCGAGGCUGGUGGCAUCACGCAGCACAUCGGUGCGUUCUCCGUGCCUGUCGCAUCGCGCCGCAACGCAGACGGCAGCCGCGACACGAACGCUGCCGCAUCGUCAGAGGGCGUGGUGGACACGGUCACAUUCCUCGACACACCUGGCCAUGCAGCGUUCAGCGCUAUGCGCGGGCGCGGCGCAGCUGUGACGGACAUCGUGGUGCUCGUCGUUGCUGCAGACGACGGCGUCAUGCCGCAAACGCGCGAAGUCAUCGAGCUCGUCGAGUCGCUACGCGAGGAGGAAGAGACGAGCCAGCUCAAGCGCAAUGCCGAGGCCAAGACGGAGGGCGAGGCGAGCAAGCAGGGCGGCCUGCAGCUCGUCGUGGCCAUCUCCAAGACGGACAAGCCUGACGCCGAGCCAGACCGCGUGCGUCGCGAGCUGCUCGCGGCGGGUGUGCAGCUCGAGGAGUUCGGCGGCGACGUGCCGUGCGUCGAGGUCUCGGGCAAGACGGGCGCCGGCCUGCCCGAGCUCGAGGAGACUCUGGCAGCCCUGGCCGAGAUGGCUGACCUGCGUGCCGAGCGCAAGGACGUGCCGCCAGAGGGCUUCAUCAUCGAGAGCAAGGUCGACAAGGCACGCGGCACGACCGCCACUGUGCUCGUCAAGCGUGGCUCUCUCGGCGUCGGCGACGUGAUCGUCGCUGGGCGGGCCUACUCCAAGGUCCGCGCGCUGCUCGACGCCGGCGGCCGGCCGAUCAAGGGGCGCGCCAUGCCCGGCGACCCUGUCGUCGUGACUGGCUGGCGCAAGCUGCCCAAGGCCGGCGACGAGGUGCUGGGCGUCUUUGACUCUGCCGACGGCACGCAGAAGGCCGAACAGCUGGCGAAGAAGGCCGUCAUGACGCGCGACCGCGUCGAGGAGCGGCGGCGGCACGGCCUCGACGUAGAGAGCAUCAACGAGAACCGCCGGCAGCUGGCGGCCAAGGAGGAGCUCAAGGCGCGGCGCGAGUUCGAGGAGCGCAAGCGCAAGCGCGAGCUGCGCGAGGCCGAGGCCGCCGGCGUGCAGGUGUCGGCGGAGGAGUACGAGGCGACGCUGGAAGCCGAGUCGGAGGAGGCCGCCGCCGAUGCCGACGUCAAGGAGCUGCGCCUCGUCGUCAAGGCCGACUUCAGCGGCACGAUUGAGGCCGUCGUGGGCGCCAUCUCGGGCAUCGGCAACGCCGACGUGCGCGUCAAGAUAGUCAGCGAGGGCGUCGGCGAGCCGACGGACGGCGACGUGGCCAUGGCGCAGGCCGUCGGCGGCCACGUGCUGGGCUUCAACGUCAAGGCGUCGCGCGGCGUGCUCAACGUUGCGGCGCGCAGCAUCCCGCCGGUGCAGGUGCACUGCGACGACGUCAUCUACCGCCUCAUGCAGCACGUCUCGAAGCAGUGCGCCGAGCUGCUGCCGCCGACGAUUGAGACGCGCGUGCUGGGCGAGGCGACGAUUGCGCAGGUCUUCAAGAUCAACACGCAGGGCCGCCAGUUCCGCAACGUUGCCGGCUGCCGUGUGGUCAACGGCUCCAUCACUGCCAACGCCACGGUGCGCGUGCUGCGCGGCGGCGGCGGCGGAGCCGAUGCCGACGGCAAGACGGACGCGCGCGAGGUUGUGUGGAGCGGCAAGCUCGACUCGCUCAAGCAGGGCAAGAAGGAGGUCGACGAGAUCCGCAAGGGCACCGAGUGCGGCCUCUCGUUUGAGGGCUUCGAGGGCUUUGAGGAGGGCGACACGGUGCAGAGCUUCAGCACCGUCGAGGUGCCGCGCUCGCUGUGAGCGCGUGGGGGCGACAGGCGAGGAGAGAUAAUAUUACACCACUCAGUCACGUCG